AUGGAGCAGACUCAGUAACAGAAAGGAGAGAGAGUGAAAAAAGAAUCAAAUCUCAUGGGCAGAAUCUCGGAGCAGUGAAUGGAGCAGGAACAAAAACGUGAAAUGGCAGAAGUAAAGGAGGACCAGAUGGCCAAUGAAGCACCCCCAGCUGAAGUGGAGGUCAAGUCAGAGGCUAAACUCAUCCUCUAUCACUGGACACAGUCCUUCAGUUCCCAAAAGGUACGACUGGUGAUUGCUGAAAAGGGGUUGAAAUGUGAAGAGCAUGAUGUAAGCCUUCCAUUGAGUGAACAUAACGAGCCUUGGUUUAUGCGGUUAAAUGCAUCAGGAGAAGUCCCUGUGCUCAUUCACAAAGAGAACAUAAUUUGUGAUGCAACUCAGAUUAUUGACUACCUUGAAGAUACUUUUGUGAAUGAAAAUACUCCAAAAUUAAUGCCAGAAGAAGGAAGUAUGUAUUAUCCAAGGGUUCAACACUACAGAGAACUACUAGAUUCCUUGCCUAUGGACGCAUACACACAUGGUUGCAUUUUACAUCCUGAAUUAGCAGUAGACUCUAUGAUUCCUGCAUAUGCCACAACCAGAAUUCGUAGCCAAAUAGGUAAUACUGAAUCUGAAUUAAAGAAACUUGCUGAAGAAAACCCAGAUCUGCAAGAUGCAUAUAUAGCAAAGCAGAAACGACUCAAAUCUAAAUUGAUGGACCAUGAUAACAUAAAGUACUUACAGAAAAUAAUAGAUGAGCUGGAAAAAGUUUUGGAUCAGGUUGAAACUGAGUUGCAAAGAAGAAAUGAAGAAACACCAGAAAAUGGACAUCAGCCUUGGCUCUGUGGAGAAUUCUUUAGCUUGGCUGAUGUAUCCCUUGCUGUAACACUCCAUCGGCUGAAGUUCAUUGGACUAGCAAGGAGAAGUUGGGGAAAUGGAAAGCGACCUAACUUGGAAGCCUAUUAUGACCGUGUCCUAAAAAGACAAACAUUUCAUAAGGUUUUGGGACAUGUCAACAACAUACUAAUCUCAGCAGUUCUCCCAACAGCGUUUCGAGUAGCAAAGAAGAGAGCACCCAAAGUUUUUGGUACAACUCUUCUGGCUGGCUUUUUAGCAGGAAUUGUAUAUUUUGCAUUUAUGUGUGCUCGGAAGAGGUUUGCUAACUUGUUAUUAUCAAUAAGAGGAAGGCAGAGUUAUCUGUAGAUGCUUCCUUGCUUUAUCGAGAGCAAAGUACUUUAUUUUCCAAAGAGGCUGAUUUGAAGAAUAAUGGUACAAAAUAUUGUCUUCCAUUAUUAGGCCUUUUUCUGACUGUAGAAAUACAUUAGUAAUGUAAAGAAUCUUGCAAAUUUAAGGGAAAAAACAUCUUGCUAAGCUAUUAUAUAUUCAAUAUUAUAUGUUCAGUAUGAUUUUGAUUUAGUGUUAAAAUAUCCAUCAAGCUAUUAGUAUGUAUCAUAAACUAUUGUUGAUGGGUUCCCUGUUGUAAGCAAUGUUUCAGUAACCUAUGGGUAAAACAAUCCACAGUUAGCUCAAUGUGUGAAACAGCUAGUAAUUUGUUCGUGAAACUGUGGAAGCAUAUUUUUGUUCCUUCUUGCACCAUGCUGCCUUUAUUUUUUCUUUUUAUAAUAUAUUUAUUAAUUUUCAACAUUAAACUUUAAAAUACA